CGGCAGUUCAGUGGGCCGCGAUUUCACUUCGGCAAUCAAACCGCGGCGGCUUGUGAGAACCUCAGCUGCGAGCGUCCGGCGGUGGCGGCGGGGAACGUACCUAAUCCAAGAAAACCCGCAAGAGACCGCAGCCCACAAGAUCCUUAGAAAACUUGGCUUGGAAGAGAGCACAUGAAAGAAAGAACGCCAAGAGACUUUGUGUUCUGUGGUAAAAGUAUUUCUAUACUUUUGCUCCAAUGACAGAGUUACCUGCACCCAUGUCUUACUUCCAGAAUGCACAGAUGUCUGAGGACAACCACUUGAGCAAUACUGUACAUAGCCAGAAUGACAGUCGCGAAUGGCAGCGCCACGAGCACCAUGAGAGGCGGCGGCGUGGUGACCCCGAGCCAUUGUCCAAUGGACAGCCACAGAGCAACACGCGGCAGGUGGUGGAACAAGACGAAGAAGAAGAUGAGGAGCUGACGUUGAAAUACGGUGCCAAGCAUGUGAUCAUGCUCUUUGUCCCAGUGACGCUGUGCAUGGUGGUGGUUGUGGCGACCAUCAAGUCGGUCAGCUUCUAUACCCGCAACGAUGGGCAACUAAUUUAUACACCAUUCACAGAAGACACGGAGACUGUGGGCCAAAGAGCCCUGCACUCAAUCCUGAAUGCCGCCAUCAUGAUCAGCGUCAUUGUGGUCAUGACUAUCCUCUUGGUGGUUCUGUACAAAUACCGGUGCUACAAGGUUAUCCAUGCCUGGCUAAUUAUUUCAUCUCUACUGUUGCUAUUCUUUUUCUCAUUCAUUUAUUUGGGGGAAGUAUUUAAAACAUACAAUGUUGCCGUGGACUACAUUACUGUUGCCCUCCUGAUCUGGAAUUUUGGUGUUGUGGGGAUGAUCGCCAUACACUGGAAAGGUCCACUUCGACUCCAGCAGGCCUAUCUCAUUAUGAUCAGUGCCCUCAUGGCCCUGGUCUUUAUCAAGUACCUCCCUGAAUGGACGGCAUGGCUCAUCUUGGCUGUGAUUUCAGUAUAUGAUUUAGUGGCUGUGUUGUGUCCAAAAGGUCCACUUCGUAUGCUGGUCGAAACAGCUCAGGAGAGAAAUGAAACUCUCUUUCCAGCUCUUAUUUACUCCUCAACAAUGGUGUGGCUGGUGAAUAUGGCAGAGGGAGACCCAGAAGCCCAAAGGAGAGUAUCUAAAAACUCAGAUUAUCAGGCACAAAGCACGGAAAACGAGGCUCAGAAUCCGGCUGCAGAGAACGAUGAUGGAGGCUUCAGUGAGGAGUGGGAAGCUCAGAGGGAUAGUCACCUGGGGCAGCAUCGGUCAACUCCUGAAUCCCGGGCUGCCGUCCAGGAAAUCCCUAGCAGCAUACAGCCGUCCAUUGAGGACCCGGAGGAAAGGGGCGUCAAACUCGGAUUGGGAGAUUUCAUUUUCUACAGCGUUCUGGUUGGUAAAGCCUCGGCAACAGCCAGCGGAGACUGGAACACAACCAUAGCCUGUUUCGUAGCCAUCUUAAUUGGUUUGUGCCUUACGUUGUUACUCCUCGCCAUUUUCAAGAAAGCAUUGCCGGCUCUUCCCAUCUCCAUCACCUUCGGGCUCGUUUUCUACUUCGCCACAGAUUACCUGGUGCAGCCCUUUAUGGACCAGUUAGCAUUCCAUCAGUUUUAUAUUUAGCACAUUGGCGAUUAGAAUCUUGUGGAUUUUUCUCCGUGGCCGAAAAUAAAAUCUUGGGAGAAGGACAAAGCAAUUUUCCUGUGCCCACAUGUAACAAACUCAAGGUUCCCAGGCAGACUUUCGGCAUCUUCCUUCCGAGUUUUCUGACCACUUGCCGUGUUGGGCACUGACCGGCAUGUGUCUACAAAAAAUGGUUUGAUCAUACUUCACCGGGGUGGACUGAGUCCCUUGGUGCAGAAACUGCCAGGCUCGAGGGACAGACACGAGGACAGUGGCCGGGCCACCGUGUUACUGUGCUUCCGCCAGCAGUCUGCCCUUGGUCACAGUCGCUUUCCCCAACACUAUGGCCUCUCAGGACGACCACCUCGAGGGGAAUGAAGUGAGGUAACGCUAGCAGACUCUACCUGAAACUGCAUCUCGAAAACCAACCUAACUGGGCUGCAUUGGACGACCCGGCCUCUGCAGCAGGCCCUGGGGGAGAGCAGGCUCUGGAGCCAAGUGGACAGGUGGAGGGGCGCAGGCUUUCCUUCUCCGUGUGGACUGUGUCCUUGUCGUUUUCGAGUAAGAUCUUGUUUUUUUAACCCGUUCCCCUGCGUCACCUCAACUGUGUCGGUUGAUUUUGACCACUGAAGCUCUCAAUGCUGAGCUGCAUGGAUUAACCACCCACAGUUGCCAUCCCCACCCCCACCCCACUCAUUUGAGAUCGCUUUAUCCUAAAAGACACAACCCAGCUUCCAUGUUCAAUAACUUCUGGAAGUAUCACUCUUAGGUGAAUUUUAGAUUUCCCACCAAGUUGCUCCAUUUUGGACAUACUUGUCAGUUCAUUUGCCCCAGACACCACCACUGUUCCCUACCGCCCCUUCCCUCUCACCCCCAAGCAUGUCUCUUACGUGACAAAUAAGACAGCUUUGUUGUAGCAGAUAACACGGUCAUUCCAGGGCUUUAUUUGUGUGAUGCAAAGACUGUGCUGACUCCAUGGUCAGCCUGGUUGUCAUCUCCAGUAGUAAGUGAGAUGUGGUGCCCAAAGACAGUGGAAUUCAAGAAGAGUAAAAUGGUUAGUGAAGAACUUU